AUGGGCGAGUUUGUGCUCACAGGCCUCAGCCGCCCCGACGGCAACCGCGUGAAUCACGAGGCCGGCGUGUGCCUUCCCCAGUUCACCAUCAACGUCACGUCGAACUGCCAGCUGACGCUGCGGCCAAAGUACUCGCUGUCGUCGUACAUUUCGCUGCUGCAGGCCGGCCGCGACGGCACGGGCCAGCCCAACAUCCCGCUGGCCAGCGACAGCGCGGCGCUGGUGGCGGACGCCAUAAACAAUAGAGCGGGGUACUACUACCUGAACCCCAUCCACUGCCCCCAGUCUUACGGCAUGAAGAUCAAGGGCUCGCGGCUGCUGUCGUCAGGUGCGACCUGA